AUGACGAAAAAUAGACUCCUAAUAGAAUCUCGCGAAGCCAAAAAGCAGAAUGACCCAGACAUAACACUCACCCACAGUGAUUACAAUCUGUACGAGUGGCAAGCAGUUAUACGGGGCCCGAAGGACUCCCCCUACGAGGGCGGAAGGUGGAAGCUGAACAUAAAGUGCAAGAGCACGUACCCGAUAGACCCCCCGGUGAUAACCUUCGUCACGAAGUUUUUCCAUCCCAACGUAAAUUUCGUAACAGGCGAACUCUGCAUGGACAUUUUGAAGGCCAACUGGAGCCCCGCAUGGACCAUUCAGUCCCUCUGUCGAGCGAUUCUGUUUUUGUUCACCGAGCCCAACGCGGACAGUCCUCUCAAUUGCGACGCAGGUUGGUUCUGCGGCGCGUGCGGAUGA